ACGUGGGAGAGCUCGGGCCGACCCGGCGCAGUCUCCACCGGCGCUGCCGCCGCCGCCGUUACCUCCGCGGCUAGGCCGCCUCACGGCUCCCCAGCGUCCUGCCUCCCCCAUCCCUACCCCGGAGCAGUACGAGCCCGCUACCGCCACCGCCGCGUCUUGGCGCUCCCAUGAUCGCCCAGACCCUCUCGGCUGUGCGAGGCCUCCACAGAGUUGGUGGUUGCAGGAUUUUAUGCAGACUGACUUUAGGAAGAGAAGUGAUGUCUCCUCUUCAGGCAAUGUCUUCCUAUACUGCGGCCGGCAGGAAUGUUUUAAGGUGGGAUCUUUCACCAGAGCAAAUUCAAACAAGAACUGAGGAGCUCAUUGCACAGACCAAACGGGUGUACGAUGCUAUAGGAAUGCUUGACCUUAAGGAAGUAACUUACGAGAACUGUUUGCAGACACUGGCAGACGUAGAGGUGAAGUACAUAGUGGAACGAACCAUGCUGGACUUUCCCCAGCAUGUCUCCUCUGACAAAGAAGUACGGGCAGCAAGUACAGAAGCAGAUAAAAGGCUUUCUCGUUUUGAUAUCGAGAUGAGCAUGAGAGAAGAUAUAUUUCUGAGAAUUGUUCACUUACAGGAAACCUGUGAUCCAGGGAAGAUAAAGCCUGAAGCCAGACGAUACUUGGAGAAGUCAGUUAAAAUGGGAAAAAGAAAUGGGCUCCAUCUUCCAGAACAAGUACAAAAUGAAAUCAAAGCAAUGAAGAAAAGAAUGAGUGAACUGUGCAUUGACUUUAACAAAAACCUCAAUGAGGAUGAUACCUUUCUUGUAUUUUCCAAGGCUGAACUUGGUGCUCUUCCUGAUGAUUUCAUUGAGAGUUUAGAGAAAACAGAUGAUGACAAGUAUAAAAUUACCUUAAAAUAUCCUCACUAUUUUCCUGUCAUGAAGAAAUGUUGUAUCCCAGAAACCAGAAGGAAAAUGGAAAUGGCUUUUAAUACAAGAUGCAAAGAGGAAAACACCAAAAUUCUGCAGCAACUACUCCCACUGAGGGCCAAAGUCGCCAGACUACUCGGCUAUAGUUCACAUGCUGACUUUGUUCUUGAAAUGAACACCGCGAAGAGUACAAGCCAUGUAACAGCCUUCCUAGAUGAUUUAAGCCAGAAAUUAAAACCCCUGGGUGAGGCAGAGCGAGAGUUUAUUUUGAAUUUGAAGAAACAGGAGUGUGAAGAGAGAGGUUUUGAAUAUGAUGGAAAAAUCAAUGCCUGGGAUCUGCAUUACUACAUGACUCAGACAGAAGAACUCAAGUACUCCAUAGACCAAGAGAUCCUCAAGGAAUACUUCCCCAUUGAAGUGGUCACCGAAGGCUUGCUGAACAUCUACCAGGAGUUGUUGGGACUUUCAUUUGAACAAGUGGCAGAUCCUCAUGUGUGGAAUAAAAGUGUCACACUUUACACUGUGAAGGAUAAAGCCACAGGAGAAGUAUUGGGACAGUUCUACUUGGACCUCUAUCCAAGGGAAGGGAAAUACAACCAUGCAGCCUGCUUUGGCCUCCAGCCGGGCUGCCUCCUGCCCAAUGGCAGCCGCAUGAUGUCUGUGGCAGCCCUUGUGGUGAACUUCUCUCAGCCCCUAGCAGGCCGCCCCGCUCUCCUGAGGCACGACGAGGUGCGGACUUACUUCCAUGAAUUUGGUCACGUCAUGCAUCAGAUUUGUGCACAGACUGAUUUUGCACGAUUUAGUGGAACAAAUGUGGAAACUGACUUCGUAGAAGUGCCAUCACAAAUGCUUGAAAACUGGGUGUGGGACGUGGACUCCCUCCGAAGACUGUCAAAACAUUAUAGAGAUGGAAGACCUAUUACAGAUGAUCUGCUGGAAAAACUUGUUGCUUCAAGGCUGGUCAACACAGGUCUUCUGACCUUGCGCCAGAUUGUUCUGAGCAAAGUUGAUCAGUCUCUCCAUACCAACACAGCUCUGGAUGCCGCGAGCGAAUAUGCCAAAUACUGCACAGAAAUUUUAGGUGUUGCAGCUACUCCAGGCACAAAUAUGCCAGCUACUUUUGGACAUUUGGCAGGGGGAUAUGAUGGCCAAUAUUAUGGAUAUCUGUGGAGUGAAGUAUUUUCCAUGGACAUGUUUUACAGCUGUUUUAAAAAAGAAGGAAUAAUGAAUCCAGAGGUUGGAAUGAAAUACAGAAACCUAAUCCUGAAACCUGGGGGAUCUCUGGACGGCAUGGACAUGCUCCAGAAUUUCUUGAAUCGUGAGCCAAACCAAAAAGCGUUCCUAAUGAGCAGAGGCCUGCACGCCCCGUAAACUGGGGCGCUUUGGUAGCCGUCCGUGUCUGGAGGACAAGUCGACAUCGCCAUGUGUGACUGGCCUGGAAACUGAAGGGAGUUUUGCAAAUGAAAAUGUAGAUUGCUAUUGACUGCCUUUUGUUUUUCGGUUUGAAAAAAUUAUACAGAUGUAAAUGGAAUUAUAAAUACAGUGACCUAAGACAAGACCCACUUGAAAAUAAUUGAACUAUACAAUUUCAUAAAAAUAGAUUUGAUUUCUUUUUAUAAAAGUUUCAUGUGACUGUAAUUUGAUUUUUUACUCUUGUAAUCUAGAUAAUAUAAUGUAAGAGGGAUCAGAGUUUUCAAAUGGAAUCAUAUACAUUAUAUAAUUUGGUCCUUUGUAUAUCUUGCAGUUUUUUACUUGGGAUUUCUGGACAUAAAUGAAUCACCACAUUCCUCUGGUGAACAUUUUCUUGGAGCCCUGCAUCAGUUUUGACUCUCUGCCUCGCAGUACAGUGUGACCUCCUUGACGACAUACCUCAGGGCCAGGGGAUGUGCCUCAGUAACACAUUUAUCUUUGUAUUUCAUGCCUCGUGAUUCCAACUUUCUGCCACACUUAAAUUAUGUUCCUCCAUGUGGGUCUGUCUUAUCUGUCCACAGUCCAGACGAUUAUGAAUUCUAACUAGCCUAAUGUAUAUUGCACGUUUUUGUAUCUUGUAUUAGAGGAUUUGGGAUCUUGUAUUAGAGGUUUUCAGUCUUUUGGCAUAUUUGCCAGUGAGAUCACUAAAGCAAGGACAUGUUUCUCUUCUCGUGGUUCUAAUAAGUGGUGGGGACUUUGCCCCCUUUGCUGCCCACCUCACCCAAAGUGGCUGGUACGCGUGUCACAAAUGGCUGUUCAGAGAGCCAAAGCUGAUGCAGAGCAACUGUUCAGACACUCCAGAGGAAGAGUGGCUUCCAGACAGAAGGAUUUCGGGACAGCUGCUCCCGAGCAUUACGUGUGUGCUCAAACUCAGCCGUGGUCAGGGCAGGGGGGCAGGGGGCGGUUCUUCCGUAGUUGGUUUUGUCUGGCGAUUUUUAUUUUCAGUGACCCUUGGGAUCUCUCUUCAACUAAAUAUAGGCCUAAAUUCCAAUUUUGUAGCAGACCAGUAAACUCACAGCACUUAUUUUUCCUCUGGGAGUAUGUCUACUCAAUAAGAAAACCACAACAGAACAAUAAAACUUCUUAAAUGAAAAAAACAAA